CAGGAGAAAAUGGAUCUCCCAGACCUCAACUUCACUCCACCUACAGAAGAUGUGGAUGAAAUGGAUGAAGAUGCAGAAAAUGAAAUGGAAGGACAUGUAGGAGAAGAAAUGGAAGGAGAUACAAAAGAGGGGAUGGAAGGAGAUGAAAUAGUUCAAAAUCCUGGUGUUGGUCAAGUUGCUAGGAAAUAUAAAACCCUCAAUGACCAGAAAAAAUUUGCUGCUUAUGUAGCAAUGCAUACACUGUGUAUGAGUAGAGGAGGCACUUUUUUGGGAACUGAUAAGCAAGACAUUGCAAAAAAAUUUGGAGUGGGUGUUUGGAAUAUACAAAGAAUUUGGAGGAAAGCAAAUUAGCGAAGGUAAAGAGGUGGAUGUUUCUAAUAAAAAAAGGAAAUUCUGGAAGAAAGCCUAAGGACAUUAACCUAGAAAAAAUCCUAACGAUCCCAUUAAACAAAAGGUCUAGCAUUAGGUCACUUGCCUGGCAACUGGGAUGUAGCCCUACCACACUUCAUAGAAAGUUCACGUUAAACUUGAUAAGGAGGCAUACAAACGGUGUGAAGCCAGCUCUAAAGGACCAGAAUAAGAAGGAUAGGAUGAAAUUUUGUUUGUCGAUGCUUGAUGAGGCAACAACAGCAACUGCAAGGCCUAAGUUCAAGACUAUGCAUAAUGUUGUCCAUAUCGACGAAAAGUGGUUUAACAUGACAAAGAAGAAUAAAACAUAUUAUCUGCUGGAUGGGGAGGAAGAGCCUACGAGGCCUAUAGAUGGCAACUGUAUUGGCAAGGUGAUGUUCUUGACGGCCGUUGCUAGGCUGAGGUGGGACAGUGAAGGAAACGUGACCUUCUCUGGGAAAAUCGGUAUCUGGCCAUUCAUGAAGGAAGUUCCUGCUCAAAGGAGAAGCGACAACAGGCCCAGAGGUACAAUAGAGACAAAAUCAAUAAAGGCCGACAGAAAAGUGAUGAGGGAGUUCCUGAUAGAGAAGGUCUUGCCAGCAAUACAAGCUGUUUGGCCCGAAGGUGAUGCUGGACAGACCAUCUACAUUCAGCAGGAUAAUGCUAAGCCCCAUAUCUUGCCAGAUGACCCGGAAUUUCUAGAAGCUGACGCAAAAACUAGGCUUGACAUCAGAAUAAUACAACAGCCUCCCAACAGUCCUGAUUUGAAUGUGCUUGACCUUGGGUUUUUCAACUCGCUCCAAUCCCUGACAGAUUGUCUGAGUCCUAAAACACUACAAGACCUUAUUAAGGGUGUUUUGGAGGAAUUUGAAGGCUAUGACGUUUACAAGCUCAACAGAAUUUUCCUAACUCUGCAGACGUGCAUGAUUGAGAUCCUGAACCAUGCAGGGGCAAUGGGUAUAAAAUACCCCAUGUAAACAAGGAAAAGCUUGAGGGGCUUGGGCAACUACCUCAAAGAUUAUCAUGCCCUCCAGAGGUGUAUGCAAAUGCCCUGCACAACUUAGGGCUAAUGGAGAGGGUUCAUUAAUGGAAUAUGAGCUUGUGAUGAUGCUUGCGGUGAGGUUGUGAUGCUAGUGAUGAUGCUUGUGAUGCUAGUGAUGAUGCUUGCGAUGAGGCACUGAUGCUAGUGAUGAGGCUGUGAUGCUUGUGAUGCUAGUGAUGAGGCUGUGAUGCUAGUGAUGAUGCUUAUGAUGCUAGUGAUGAUGCUUGUGAUGCUAGUGAUGAUGCUUGUGAUGCUUGCGAUGAGGCUGUGAUGCUAGUGAUGCUUGCGAUGAGGCUGUGAUGCUAGUGAUGAUGCUUGUGAUGCUUGCGAUGAGGUUGUGAUGCUAGUGAUGAUGCUUGUGAUGCUUGCGAUGAGGCUGUGAUGCUGGUGAUGAUGCUUGUGAUGCUUGCGAUGAGGCUGUGAUGCUGGUGAUGAUGCUUGUGAUGCUUGCGAUGAGGCUGUGAUGCUAGUGAUGAUGCUUGUGAUGCUUGCGAUGAGUCUCUCAUGCUAGUGAUGAGGCUCUGAUGCUAGUGAUGAUGCUUGUGAUGCUAGUGAUGAUGCUAGUUGCUUGCGAUGAGGUUGUGAUGCUAGUGAUGCUUGUCAUGUUUGUAAUAAUCCAUAUUUGAGUAUGUUGGAGUACGCUGUUUGUGUGGAGUAUGUUGGAGUAUGUCUAACUCCACUUGUAUGUGUAACUCCAUUUAAAAUGUUACUCCAUUUGAUUUUGCACUUUUACUCCAUGUAUUUUUUUACUCCAUACUCCAUUUGUAUGUGUAUAUUUCUACUACUCCAUUUGUAUGAUCAUUCUAUGAUAGGAGAGGAGUGAAUUAGAGAAGAGUAUGUGUCAUAAUCCAUAGUCCUUUAGUUUUAAUUAAUUAAAGAAAAGGACUUGUUGUUGUUGCUGCUAUUAAAGGAAAGGACUAGGAGGGGAAUAUGAGAGGAAAGGAGUGGAAUAUAAGAGAGAGGAGUGGAGUGGAACAGGAGAGGAGAGGAAAAAGUUUAAUUUAAUUUUAACACAAAAGGUUUGAUUUAGUAACAGAAAAGGUUCAAUUUAAGUUUAAUUAACAGAAAUGUUUAAUUAGAUUUAACUAAAAGAAAAGGUUUAAUUUCCAGUUAAUUAAAAUUAUCUAAGAAGAGGAGAGGAUAAGAUAAGAGAAGAGAGGAGAGAUAAGAAGAGAGAAAGAAGAGAUAAGAAGAGAGAAGAGAGCAAGAAGAUGCUCCUGCAGAAGAGGAGUAGAAAGUUUCAGUUAGUUAACUGAAACUACUCCUACAGAGAAGAUACUAAGAAUCUGAACUACUGCUAAUCCUCUUAUUGCAAGCCAGCAAAUGUGCUCACUAAAUGGAGUAUUCCCUCUCAAAAUUGAACAUUGGUAAAACUGAACAUUGGCAUGUGUAACACUGUACUCCUAGCAAAUGUGCUCACUAAAUGGAUUUUUAUUUUCAGAACACAUUGGUAAAACUGAACAUUGCUAACAUUGAUUUUCAUUGACAGACGCAAAGAAUGGUCAUGUAGACAUUCAGAAGUUAGGCAAUUUGACUCGACAGUGUAUACAAACAACAAGGAAGUGUUCAUAUAGCACAUUCAGGUGGAAACAAAAUCACAGGACAACUUAAAGCUGGCCACCAUCUCUCUCUCUCUCAGAGCAGAGCAAACUCAAAACUGAAAUGCAUUUUUGCUCUCACAAAAGAAAAAGAGAGGGAGGACGGCAAGUGAG